AUGGUGUACACUGUGGAGAGAAAAAAUCCGUCUCGGAGCGUGGCGACGCCACGACGCUGGGCGAUGGAUCUCGUGCCAGUGACAGAUGUGUGUGAAUACAUUCAGACGCUCAAAGUGGCGGAGUUGAAAGAGCACAUCAAGGAAUUCAAUGGGCGCCUGCCUUUUUGCCCACAUAUGCGGUUGUCAGGCAACAAGAACGACUUGGUCCAGCGACUCACCGAAGCGGUUGUCAUGGCAUGUGCCAACAUACAGUCGUAUCAGGAAAUGCUGGCGGUAAUUAGACCUUUGGGAUUCGAUGAAUGGUGCAUGGAUCAUGUACAUUUACGGCGCGCGAUGAGUCGAUACAGAGCAUGCUAUGGCUGUGCGCCUACGGCUGACCAGGGCGGUCACGACAGCGCCGCGCUGCCAUCCGUGACGAUGCGUUCUGCCGCCACAGACGCUGCGAAUCCCAUGACAUGGACAGCUCCGACCCAAGGCUUGACGCCACGGUCGCUCAAGCAGCUUCGGUUUUGGUCGUCGCCCUUCUACGAGGUCCUCGAAUUCGUUUCGUCCAUUGUGCAGGUGCCAGAGGCUCCUCCCUCGACGGGUCGUCGCCAGGUCGGCAUGUCGUUCACUCUUUCACAGCAGCAGGUGGACCAGCUCCGUGAUACCCAGCAUCUGCACCAGUUGCGUUUGUUCUGUACGACGUUUGAUCACUUUAUGGCCUCUGUCUCGCCAUCCCACCAGGCAGCCCCCGUCGAGUUUCCAUUUACAUGCGAUGCCCGCAUCAAUGAUCACUCUUUGAAUGUCAAUCUACGAGGAAAUAAAAAACAUGCAGGCCGCGUCUCGCCACCAAACCUGAAUCGGAACGGGCACUUGUCCAUGCAGCCGGGCAAGUUGAAUCGAGUUGAACUGUCUUACGCUAAUUCGCCCGCUCGCCAUACCAUGGUCGUGGCGCUGUGCAAAAUCACAACAGCAGAAUACCUCACAGAGCAGCUGAAGCUUCGUCGGUACCGCUCCAAAGAGGCCGUCAUGGCUAUGAUGCGCGAAAAGGCCAAAGAUGAAGACAUUGAGACAGGCGCAUCGACCCUUAAGCUGACAUGUCCGUUGACCUACAUGCGCAUGAGCAUUCCAUGUCGCUCAAAUACCUGUGAUCACAUCCAAUGCUUCGAUGCGCUGAGUUUCUACUCGAUGAACGAGCAGUCUCCUCAGUGGCAGUGCCCUGUAUGCAGCAAAGAUAUCAGGUCAGAGGAUUUGCACAUGGAUGGCUACGUGGAAGACAUUCUGCGCCGGGUACCAGCCGACUGCGAAGCCGUGCUUGUCGAGUCAGAUGGCACAUGGCACACUGCCGACGACCAAUACCAUACUGACUCUCCUUUUAUCAAACAGCCCGUGUCAGCACCUCCGCUGCCUAUGGACGAUGAUGACACGCCCGAUAACUCGCCCAUGCCAUCAACGCAUGCGUCUCCUCCUCAUGGAUUUGCACAACCUAAAGAGGAACUGGCAACACCUCCCGUCACACCUAGCAUACCCAUUUCUGUACCGCCGCCUGAGUCAGAGGCACCACCCCCCAGCCACGUCAUUGACUUGACCCUGAGUAGUGACGAAGACAUGUAA